UCCGUGGCAGACCGGGGGGGGGCUGCUGUGAGCGGGCAAGGUGUGGUGCCGGCCGUUCCAUGGCGUGCAGCAGGCGGGGGAGUCGAAGGAGCCGGGGCUGAGCGCUCUGCCGGUCCAUGGAACCCGCCCCGGCGGCGGCGGCGGCCACUGAAGAAGCGGCAGGGGUGGAAGAAGAGGCGGUGGUGGAGGUACCGCCGGUCAUCUACACCAUGGAGAACAAGCCCAUCGUCACCUGUGCUGGAGAUCAGAAUCUCUUCAGUUCUUUAUAUCCCACACUUUCUCAGCAGCUCCCAAGAGAGCCCAUGGAAUGGAGACGAUCUUAUGGCCGUGCCCCUAAGAUGAUUCAUCUAGAAUCUAAUUUUGUACAGUUUAAAGAAGAGCUACUACCUAAAGAAGGAAACAAAGCUCUUCUGACAUUUCCCUUUCUCCAUAUUUAUUGGACAGAAUGUUGUGACACAGAAGUAUACAAAGCAACAGUAAAAGAUGAUAUCACCAAGUGGCAGAAUGUUCUGAAAGUUCAUAGCUCUAUGGAUUGGUUAAUUGUGGUGGUAGAGUGUGAUGCCAAGAAAAAAAACAAAACCAAUAUUCUUCCCCGGACAUCUAUAGUAGAUAAAAUAAGAAAUGACUUCUGUAACAAGCAGAGUGAUAGAUGUGUAGUGUUGUCUGACCCCUUGAAAGAUUCUUCCCGCUCUCAGGAGUCCUGGAAUGCCUUCCUGACAAAACUCAGGACACUACUUCUCAUGUCAUUUACCAAAAAUUUGGGCAAAUUUGAGGAUGACAUGAGAACGUUGAGGGAGAAGAGGACAGAACCAGGAUGGAGUUUUUGUGAAUAUUUUAUGGUCCAGGAAGAGUUGGCCUUUGUCUUUGAAAUGCUGCAGCAGUUUGAGGAUGCCCUGGUGCAGUAUGAUGAACUCGAUGCCCUGUUCUCCCAAUAUGUUGUCAACUUUGGUGCUGGUGAUGGGGCGAACUGGUUGACAUUUUUCUGCCAGCCAGUGCGAAGUUGGAAUGGUCUGGUACUCCGCAAGCCAAUAGAUAUGGAGAAGAGAGAACUAAUUCAGAACCAGGAAGCUACUCUAUUAGAUUUGCGAAGUUACUUAUUUUCUCGCCAGUGCACAUUGCUAAUCUUCCUUCAGAGGCCAUGGGAGGUAUCUCAGCGAGCUCUAGAACUUCUCCAUAACUGUGUGCAAGAGCUAAAGCUCCUUGAAGUCUCUGUUCCUCCUGGUGCUUUGGAUUGUUGGGUGUUCUUGAGUUGCCUGGAGGUUCUGCAAAGAAUAGAAGGCUGCUGUGAUCGGCCUCAGAUUGACGCCAAUGUUUCCCACAUGGUUGGCUUGUGGAGCUAUGCCACUGAAAAGCUAAAAUCUCUGGGUUACCUCUGUGGACUUGUGUCAGAAAAUGGGCCUAAUUCAGAAGAUCUUCAUAGAACAGUUGAUCUUCUAGCAGGACUUGGAGCUGAACGCCCUGAAACAGCCAAUACAGCACAAUCUCCUUAUAAGAAACUGAAAGAGGCCUUAUCAUCUGUAGAAGCUUUUGAAAAGCAUUACUUAGAUCUUUCUCAUGCCACCAUUGAAAUGUACACAAACAUUGGACGAAUCCGCUCAGCUAAGCUUGUUGGAAAGGAUCUGGCAGAGUUUUACAUGAAGAAGAGGAGUCCCCAAAAGGCUGAAGUGUAUCUUCAAGGAGCAUUAAAAACCUACCUUGCUGAAGGGUGGACAUUGCUUAUUACACAUACACGGAAGCAGCUAGCAGAAUGUCAGAAACAUCUUGGACAAACUGAAAACUAUCUCCAAACAAGCAGCCUUUUAGCUGCUGAUACUAACUUAACAGAAGAAGAGCGCAAACAUUUUUGCCAAGAGAUCUUAAAUUUUGCCAAACAGCCCUCAGAUGGCAAAGGUCAGAAAGUUAUACUGUCUAUGCAUCCCUUUGCACAGCUCAAGAAUUUACAUUUUGAUCCUCCUAAUGCUGUGGUCCAUGUGGGUGGAAUGUUGUCAACAGAACUCACAUUGGUAAACCAAAUGCCCAUCCCGGUCAAUGUGGAUCAGAUUGCCAUCAACGUCCAUUUUAGCAUUGAAAAAAAUAGCUACCGGAAGACAGCUGAAUGGCUCACAAAACACAAGAUUUCCAAUGGUAUUAUCAGCUUUCCAAAUGAGGUUGUAGGUCUCUCUCUCUCAAGAAGUAGCUUGCCAAUGCUGGAGUUGUAUGAGAUGUAUGAAAGGAGCCCCUCGGAUAAUUCUUUGAACACGACAGGCAUCAUCUGCAAAAAUGUGCACAUGCUGUUGCGGAGGCAGGAGAGCAGCUCUUCUCUGGAAAUGCCCACAGGGCUGACUCUUGAAGAUGGUGCCCAUGUGUUAAAAUGUAGCAACUUAAUACUGGAACCAGGGGUCAAUAAAAUAACUUUCAGAACUCAGGGCAAGGAACCUGGGACAUAUACUCUCAGGCAGUUAUGCAUUUCAGUGGGCAAAAUGCAGUUUGCCCUCCCUCAUAUUUAUCCAAUUGUGCAGUAUGAUGUCUACUCUCAGGAGCCACAGCUAAAAGUGGAACCAUGUACUGAUAGUCUUUUGGGUGGGAUUCCUCAGAAGGUAAAAUUUACAGUGACCACUGGACAUUAUAUCAUGAAGAAUGGUGAUGCCUUGCAGCUCAGUAAUGCUGAUGCCAUGCCAAUCCUGUACCACCCAGAAAGCAAAGCAGUGAUUUAUUCAAACACCAGGGAAAAGGCAUCAGAAGCUUCACUAACAAUACAGUCAUCUGAGAAAAUUACAAGCAUCAGCUUGCCUAUGGCUCCUGCAUAUCAUGUGAUUACUUUUGAGCUUGAAGUUCUGUACUUACCAUCAACCCCAGCAUGUAUGAUGGAAAAUGAAAACCUAGCUGGUAAAGAGCUUCGGAGAAAAAGCAAAGAGAAGGAGACUUCUUACAGCCACAUGGCUACAGUUGACCAAAAAGUAACCAUUGAUUGUCCAUGGUCAAUUUACUCCACAAUUAUUUCGCUUACAUUCAGUAUACCUUUCAAGGCCAAAUAUUCCUUACUAUCAGCAGGCAAAAGGAAGUAUAUACAGGUUUGUGUGCAGAACAUGUCUGAAAUCAGUUUUCAUUUAUCUGACAGUAAUCUAAAAAGUUCUGAGAGUUGUACAGGUCUAAUUUUGGAUCCUCUAAAUUCCAAAGCUGAGCAGCAUAUCUAUAGUAAGCAAGCAGUAUUUUUUGUAUGGGAACUGAAGUGGAUGAAAAAUCUUCCCUCAUCCUUGCAGUGUGAGUUUUCAGUGAGCUUCCGUUCAGCUUCCUCUGAAGAGCACUCACUCUCUUUGAAGCCGUACAUUUAUGAAUUUCAGUUGGAAAACUUUUUUACAUUGUAUAAUGUGAAAGCUGAGAUUUCCCCCCCAUUGGGGGCAGAAUAUUGUAAAACAGGCUCACUCUGCUCAUUGGAAGUGUCAAUUACCCGCCUUUCAGACCUCCUGGAUGUGGAUAAAGAUGAGGCACUAACGGAAUCUGAUGGAUACUGUACAACAAAACUUUUGUAUGAAGUUGUAGAUAACAGUAGUAACUGGGCAGUCUGUGGGAAGAGCUCUGGAGUAAUAUCUAUGCCUGUAGCAGCUCAGGCAACCCACAAAGUGCACAUGGAAUUGAUGCCUCUCUUUGCUGGAUGCCUCCCUAUUCCUGACAUCAGAUUAUUUAAAUACCUCCCUCAUCAUUCUGCUCAUUCUGUACAGCUUGAUGCUGGCAGCAUCACAGUCGUUCUCCAACCCUUACUGGAGAGGUUUCAAGAUCAUCUGGCUCCAGACAGCUGGAUUGAAAACGAUAAUCUCUCAGUGGACAAGAAUAUGGAUGAACAAGCUGACAACAGUAGCAUAAAGAGCAGGGGUAGCAUACAUUCAGCAACCAGUGCAGAACAUAAAGGCUUGCCGAUGCCCCGUCUGCAGUCAUUUUCCCCUGGACAAGUCUUCAACUCCAGUGCUGGCAUGCAGGUUCUUGUCAUUCCCAGCAAGGAUGAUCAUAUUCUGGAGGUUAAUGUCACAUGACAGCUCUCUGUACAUGUGUGUAUGUAAACACACAUGAGACUUGAAUGUGAAUGCACUUUAAGGGAUCAUAACCUGGUUGUUCUUCAUUGAACCAUUCUAACACUAAUGAGGCCUAUGGCAACUCAGCCUUUACUGGCCAUGGAAGCAUCCAACAAUUGUAUCAAUUUAAAAUGUACAGUGAAACUUGUGUCAGCUGGUUUAUAUUGCUGCUUUAGGGUGUUUGUGUACAAUGACUUUUGGUUCCCCCCCCUCUCCCCAAUCACUUGGUGAAAUAAAAUAUGCUUCUUACAGUUGAUUCUUUAAGUUGAGCAGUGUCUCGAACUGCUAUUUCUUUGGAAAUGCUCGUUUCUGUUCAAAGAAUAUUUUAGGUCAGGUUGACAUACAAUAAGCCUUGCAGUGUGGCUGUCAAUGGCUGAAGUGUGUGCCUUUCUCGUCACGUGACUGGUUUCUUGGACCAGGGUAACUUUCAAAUUCCUGUAUAAUAGUUAUGGGAUUCAGAAUCAUUCACUCUAUCUACAAGAUUUUAAAUAUGUAUAUAUAUUUUCUUGAAGACUUACUUAACGACUUCUGUGCCUUGGGAUACAUGGAAUUUAUUAGUGCAGUAGCACUCUUAAAAUCAUAUCAUAUACAGAGAUAUUGUACAACAUUACUGUGGAAACACAUGAUACCCUCUUGAUGCAAGCAGUAAAGUGGCACAAAAGUGGUUAAGUUAGAAAUAAAGGUUCAUUGGACCAAGAUUCUCCCCAUCUGAUUGAUAAUUUAAAUAAUUAGGAACUAGUAUAUUGAACUUACAGCUUUUAUUAAAUAUUUGUCAUUUGAUAUUUUUUUAAACCAAAGUUUUUUUCUUUCCCCUUUCUUAACUACUGUUAACUUAUUGUGGACUACAGAGCCAUAUAUAUAUAUAUAUAUAUAAAAAAAUAUAUAUUUGCACCUUAUUCUAGAGUAAUCUUAGAAGAAGCAAAUAAAGGCAAGUAUUAUAGAGGACCUUAUUUGACUGCUCUUCCAGUCCAGUUACAGGGAGAUGUAAAGUCUAGUUGAACUCCUCCUGGUCCAGCAAACAGCAGUCACACCAUACCAACUGAUUAAUUUUCAGUUGUAAACUUGUUGUACAAAUUAUUAUUUAAAAAGUCUGAUGUAAUUGUGUAUAAUUUACGGCAGAAAUCAAAGUCAAAAUAAAUGUGUUUUUAUUGA